GCAUAUUUUGAGAGACGAAAGCGCAACAACGAGUCGGCCAGACGAUCGAGGGAAGCGAGACGUCAAAAAGAGGACAUAAAUUUCAGAAAAUUGGAAUUGGUUCAGCAGGACAACCUUCGCCUGAAAGCUGAGCUGCAAAGGGUUCUUAUGGAGCUGGAACGGCUCAAAUAUAUGGCUGCAGUGCAGGGAGUUCAACUAUGA